AUGCCCCAUGUUUUCGGCACGCUGCCGGUGCUGGUCCGGGGACAGCACGCCGGCUGUGCCGACGACGAGCGCGUGGUGAUGCCGAUGCGAUGGGGCCUGGUGCCCUUCUUCCACAAGGGACAGGUGGCAGACAUGAAGCUUUCGACGUUCAACGCUCGCUCUGAAGAGUUCCUGAAGAAGUCCAUGUUUUCCCACCCCUUCAAGAAAGGUCAAAGAUGCGUCGUUGUUUGUGAUGGCUAUUACGAGUGGAAAAAGGACGGAGCUGGUAAAAAGCCGUACUUCUUGUACAGUGAACAACGCAAAGAUUGGGACAUUUGCACCAAUGUGAACAGCCUGGAUGAAGAUGACCUGUGGAGUGAGGCCGAGGGAUGGAAGGGGCCAAAGCUCACAAUGAUGGCUGGCAUAUUUGAGUCAUGGAAAUCGGACGGUGACCAGCCGCUCUACAGCUUUACUAUCCUGACCCAGGCGGCCAACUCGCGCCUGGAUUGGCUUCACUCGAGGAUGCCGGUGUUCCUCGUCACGCCGGAGGCGGUGCGGGACUGGCUGUCGGUUGCGGAGACGUCGGACGAGACGGCGCUGGCGCUGAUCACACCCGCGGACUCGCUUGCCUGGCAUCCUGUGUCCGCGGAUAUCAACAACGCACGCAACCAGGAGGUAACGAACAAGCCGCUGGACGAGACCAAGCGCUCAGCUUCGGCCGGCUUCAUGGCCAACUGGCUGGGCAAGGCAGGCAAACGAUCGGAGGGGCAGCAGGCGGCAAAGCCGCCGGCGGAACAGCGGGAGCAGGAGGCGAAGCCGGUGAACCUGCCAGCAGAGCAGCAGGAGCAGGAGGCGAAGCGGCCGGCGGAGCCGGGGAAGCCGGAGGAGCGGGACGUGGUACAGCAGGAGCAGGGGACGAAGCGACCGGUGGAGCAACAAGAGCAGGAGGCGAAGCGCAGCAAGCAGUGA